AUGGCCCUCACUUGUUCUCCUCCUACAGCAGCCCACCGGAAGCUGGCCUCGAAGAUCUUCUGUUUAUGCUGCAGAGACUGUGAGGAGCCCCAUUCCUCGGAUGACUCCACAAUCCCCAGUGAAACCCAGGAGCAGCAGCCUGGUGUGAGGAGGCUUCAGCUGGACCAACAAAAUCCUAAGUAUGCUAAUGGAGCCCCCAGCUUGGCUUUGAGACAACCCCUGGCCCAUCCAGAAAAAGACUCCACCAGCAGCAGCGAUUUUGAGGAUAUGAAUACAGAAUGUCCCCAAAGAGGUUUUUACAAGAGAAACCUAGACCGCUACUCCCAGAAUCACUGGCCAUUCCAGCCAUGCCUCAUUGGGAGACCCUGA